AUGGUAGAAUCUGUGAGAACUGUUGCUCACAAUUCAAUGAUCAAGGCCAUAGAAGAAGCCGUAGAAAAGAAUGUUAGUGAUGAUGGUACCACUACCAGAGAUAUCAGUGUAGGCAUCGAUGGUACAUGGCAACGGCGAGGUUUUGCUUCGCUCAAUGGUAUAGUAUCAGUUUCAAGUUUCGACACGAGUAAAAUCCUCGAUGUGGAAAUCCUUACAAAAUAUUGUCACACAUGCAGUACAUCUAAAUCAAAUAAACAAAAAAAAGGCCACCACUUUUGUGAGAAGAACUUUGAAGGCAGUAGUGGUUCGAUGGAGGUUGCCGGAGCCAAGAGUGUAUUUUCGCGUUCUGUGGCCACAAGAAAUGUCAGGUACAAAUACUACCUAGGGGACGGAGACUGUAAGGGGUUUUCCACUGUUGUUGAAUCCCAACCAUAUGGGCCUACUUUUAAUAUUGAAAAAUUAGAAUGUGUAGGCCACGUUCAGAAACGAAUGGGUGGGCGUCUUCGAAAGUUGCGAAGAGACUUGAAAGGACAAAAGUUGAGUGAUGGACUGAAGAUAGGGGGGAAAAAAGGUAGGCUCACAGACAGUGUCAUAGACUCUUUACAAAAUUAUUAUGGCUUAGCUAUUAGGCGCAACAAAAAUAAUUUGGAAAAAAUGAAAAGCGACGUUUUGGGAAUCCUCUUCCAUAAAGCUUCCACAGACGACACCCCACAACAUCAACAUUGCGACGAAGCAUGGUGCAAGUACAAACAAGCUAUAAAAGAAAAUAAAACAUACAAGCACAAUAACUCACUAGACAAGGUUAUAAUCGACCAAAUAAAACCUAUAUUCGAGGAUCUGGCGAAAACUGAGUUGUUAGAGAAAUGUCUGCAUGGCCGAACACAAAACAUCAACGAAAGUUUUAACUCUGUUGUGUGGUCCAGGAUUCCCAAAAAUAAUUUUGUUGGAAGACAAACUCUGAGAUUUGGCACAUUUGACUCUGUUAUUACUUUUAAUGAAGGAAACAGGGGACGAUUAGAGGUUUUGAAAGAGCUUGGGGUCAAAGUUGGAAGAAAUUGUGCGAGAUUUCUUAGUGACAUCGACCGAUACCGGAUGAUGAAAUCAGAAAUUUCAUGUGAUGAGAAGACAAAGCAAGCCAGGAAAAGAACCAGGAUGAUUAGGAAGAAGCUCUGGGAUGCUGACAAAGAAAAGGAGCAGGAUUAUGCAGCUGGAAUGUUUUAA